AUGGCAGCGUAUGCGCUUAGCUUGAACGCUGAAACCACGGCAAUUGUACGCUCUGACUAUGAACAGGUCUCCAAGCAUGGAUUCCAGAUAGACUCUGUGGAUUAUGGGACAAUUGAGAGUUUCAAGCCACAGCAUGUGGCACCUUCAAUUGGCGAAGCUGCUAAACAAGGACCAUUUGAUUUUAUAGUGGUGACGACGAAAAACAUCCCGGAUGUUAGCAAAGUGGAAGAGCUCAUUGAGCCUUUGAUAGGCGCGGACUCCACUAUAGUGUUGGUGCAAAAUGGUAUUGAUAUAGGUACACCGUUUGUUGAAAAGUACCCUAAAAAUAUCGUUUUAAGUGGUGUUUCGAUGAUAUCUUCGACAAACUAUGGCGGCAAAAUUAGCCAUGUGGGCCACGACGAGUUGAUGGUUGGAGCUUUCUUUAACUCUAACUUACCCUUAGACCAACAAGAAAUGGCUGCGAAAACUUUUGUCAAGUUAUACAAAAACGAUAAAAACGACUGUCUUUAUGAUGAAAAUGUCAAGUAUACCCGCUGGCGGAAACUCGUUUAUAACGCCACGUUGAAUACUGUUUGUACAUUGACUGGUGUUGAUGUUGGAAGGUUAGAGCUCUUUGGUGGUAUGGACCUCGUACGCAAGGCAAUGAGAGAAGUGCUUGCUGUGGCUAAAUCAGAUGGAGUGGAAUUGCCAGAAAGUAUCAUGGAGUUUAUGAUUCGGUCAGACGAUGGGAACUACUAUGAGCCUUCGAUGUUGGUGGAUAUUAGAAAGGGCAAUUAUAUUGAAUUGGAGGUGAUUCUUGGAAAUGCCGUGAGGAUUGCUCAGAGAAAUGGCGUAGAAGCACCUACGCUUGCGUUGGUUUACGAAUUACUUGCUGUUGUUCAGAACAAGACUAAGGAGGCCAAGGGUGAUUUAGAUGUGCCCCAGGAAAGGCCCCUUGGAGGUAAUAUCUAG